AAAGGACAUUUAUAGCAACUUUGGAAAGGAAAUAAAGACCGUUUAUUCUUGCUUGGAGAGACUACAGAGAGGGUGUUGUAGAUAUUGAAGAGGUAUUUAUACUGUCAGCAACGAAAGGAGACAUUUUUACCGUCAAUAAUAGCCGCUAACUUCACCGGAAAAAACUGGUUUUCCGACUUGUGAAAACUUACGGAAACCCUCAUGGGAGAAACCGGUAUCGUCCGGUUUCCGGGGAGCCUUGACCCACGAGCACAGGAGUUCAGGCCGAGAAACCCCGUGAACAACCAACCCCAAUUUCCGGUUUUUAGACCGCCCCAAGUUUUUUACCCGUACACUCAUCUUUCUCCGUAUCCUUCAAACGACGUCCAAGUUUUGCCGUUUUGUGAUGCUUCUGCUGCCGCCGUUGGUAUAGGUGGCUUGGUCUACCCUCAGUAUCAUACACAAGCGGCGUACGUUAGUAGUUCUCCCUCAUAUCAUGCGCUCCCUCCUCCGUCCUCGACUCCAACGCGGACGUUGGUUUUGAGUUCGGUGGCGGGUGAUGUGAGUGAGUCAAGUGUGAGGAGAGAUUUGGAGGUUUUUGGUGAAGUAAGAGGUGUUCAGAUGGAUAGAGCGGACGAAGGGAUCGUCACCGUUCAUUUUUAUGAUCUGAGACAUGCGGAGAUGGCUUUUAAGGAAAUACGAGAACAACACAUGCAACUACAAACCUUGUUGGGGAAUCAGUGCUGUGGUUUCGUGUUGCAGAAAAAUUGCGAUGGUCAAAGUCCGAGUUCUUCGUUUGUGUCUCAAACCGCGCGUGGCCUCAUUGCCGGUCGACCCGUUUGGCCGCAGUUCAUCGUUCCGUCCUGUAAUGCGGUUCCUGACGGGAAUAAUCAAGGGACUAUCGUGGUUUUCAAUUUAGACUCUGGUGUCUCCUCUUCCAGUCUAAGAGAAAUCUUUCAGGCUUUCGGUCCCGUGAAGGAGUUAAGAGAGACACCGCUGAAGAAGCACCAAAGAUUUAUAGAGUUCUAUGAUAUAAGAGAUGCAAGUAAGGCUCUCAAAGAAAUGAAUGGCAAAGAAAUUUUUGGUAAGGCUGUUGUUAUUGAAUUUAGUCGUCCGGGUGGCUAUAACAAGAAGUUCUUCAAUGCCAACACAAACACAGCUAGUACCAGUAACAACUUUACUGUCAAUAACCACAAUUCUUAUAUGACAAGAAAUUCAGAUUAUAGAUUUUCAACUCACCCAUCUUCUUCCUUUUCUCAUUCUCUUGUCGCUCAAACUCAACCAUUGAGAAAGAAAUCUCCAUCAAGUUCAGUAAAUGGAAACCCUAAUGUGAACAAGACUAGUACUGCUUCAAUUGAGGCCUCGGUGGCUUCUUUGUCUUUAGCAGGUGCAGUAGCCAAUACAAUUGAUGACGGGAAUCCAAGGAGGAGUAGUGGGAAAUGCCAAAGCAAUCAUUCAACGGCAUCUUCUAAACCGCAACAAGUUAAGAACAGGAGUAAUAAGCAUUGGAAGGGAAGACAAGUGAGGAAGAUAGAUUCUCGUUUCCUUAUAAAUGAAGUUGCCAUGGCAGACUCAAAUUGUAAAGAUUCCCGAACCACUGUCAUGAUCAAGAACAUACCCAACAAGUACAGUCAGAAGCUGUUAUUGAAUAUGUUGGACAACCACUGUAUUCACUGCAAUGAACAGAUUGCUGAAGGGGAUGGCCAGCCUUUGUCUUCCUAUGACUUCGUCUACCUGCCUAUUGAUUUCAAUAACAAGUGUAACGUGGGAUAUGGAUUUGUGAACAUGACGUCUUCUGAAGCAACAUUGAGGCUAUAUAAAGCCUUUCAUCUUCAGAACUGGGAGGUCUUCAACUCAAGGAAAAUUUGUGAAGUCACCUAUGCUAGAGUCCAGGGAUUGGAAGCUUUGAAAGAGCACUUUAAGAACUCGAAGUUCCCGAGCGAGAUGGACCACUAUCUGCCUGUGGUGUUUUCACCACCUCGAGACGGGCGGCAACUGACGGAGCCACUCCCCAUUGUUGGCCACACUAAGCAGCAGCAGUUGAUGAUGAUUGACCACUCACUCACCAAUCCAGAUGCCUCGUACGAUGAUCAUGAUGACCAUGACGAUGAUGAUAACGACUUAUAUGUUGGUGGUACACCUGAUAAUCAUACCAAUGGCUUUACUGAUUAUGCUGACUAAAACGAUCCCCUGAAUGGCGGCAGCUGCUGUAGCACAAACGGCGGCGACGAUGACAGAGAUAAUGCCAUGUUCUUGUGGCAUAAAACAAGAGUGGUUCUGUGUCUAUAUCUCUCAUAUCAUAUCAAAAUAUAAAUACAUAGCCAUUAAUUAUAUAUGACUUGUUCACUGCAACCAACGUUUGUGCUGCAAUACCUACCCGAUGGCCUCUUGUUGAGCACCGAGCCCUCUCUUUAUGUAGCCUGCAUCUGUUUACCCUCCAGGUCAGCUAGCUGACCGCGACUGUCAUCUCUUCCAUUUACUUCUCGUUCAGAAAUUAAGCAAGCUGUAGCGAAAUCAAGUAUUUACGUUUUUUUGGUUGCACAAAUUGUAGCGUGGUUACUGAUGUAGCUAGUUAUUUUUACGUUUCUGGGUUAUGAGUUAUUUGUUUCUGAUAAGAUGUAUAUGUUUAUUCAUUGGAAACAUUGAGAGACUUGACCAACGUAUAAUACGAAGUCUCUAUAACCCGGCGAUGUACGGUGGGUAUAUGGCUAAUUGCUGAUACCUCUACACCUGCCAACUUUCUGGUCUGUGUACGUCUCUGAUCUUUAAACUAUCGUCGAUUCCUUUGGCU